UGUUUUGAAUCUAAUCAGAUUUCAGUGAUAAUGCUGAAGAUUCUGGUGUUAAUUCUGAAGAUUCUAAUGCUCCUGUUGCAAAAUACUUCCGGCUUAAGAAGGAGGAAGAAGGAAAAGUUAACAAAGGCAUUCUCCACCACAGCAGCCGUGGAACAAAGCUGAUCAGUAUGACAGACUUUGCUGGACAAGUAGCUUAUUACGCAUGUCACCAGGUUUACCUGUCACGGAGAGCGUUUUAUAUCGUGGUUAUCGACAUAUCCAAGGGUCUAGAAGAAGAAGUUAGACAUUAUGACACUGAUCGCCAUAACCCAGAAGAGUCCUUGUUCCAUUCCUGGAAAUACAAAGACUAUUUUCAUUUCUGGUUGCAAUCUAUACAGACAUACUGUGAUGUCGGAAACACAAUCCAGGAAAGCACGGAAGCAAGAACCAGUUUUUAUCCUGUUAUUAUUGUUGCUUCUCACGCGGACAAAGUGAAAGAGGAUUUGCCAAAAGCGUUUUACGAAGAACUGCAGAAGUGCUUAUCUGAAAACAAAUCUUUGAAACGCCUUAUGUCUCCAUUCAUGUAUUUUAAUGUCGAAUGUCCACCAAAUGAAUUGUCACCAAAACAACAGAACGCAAUUGAAUGCCUCAGACAAUGUAUAGUAAAAACUGUAGAAAGGAUGCCACACUGGGGAGAGUUUAUUCCUCUGAAAUGGGCAAAUCUUGAGAAAGUCCUAAUUGGAAUGAAGAAAAAAGGAAGAAAGGUUAUUUCAUUACAACAAAUAAAAGACUUUAAAAACGUGGAUUUACCUAGCGAUAAAGAUCUUGAAGAUGGCCUUCGGUUCUUACACGAAAUUGGUCAGAUCAUUUAUUUCGCUGACGAGAAAAUGAAGAAUGUUAUAAUUGUUAACGUUCAGUGGUUUGUUGAUGGCUUCAAAUACAUUAUAACUGAUGAAAAACAUUUAGCUAGAAUAAAGAGCACAAAUAAACUGAUUAACACAGGAAGAAUUACUGACAUUGAAUUGACAGACAUAUGGGAAAAUGCUGGAGACAGCCCUUACAUGUAUAUUGAGCAUAAAGAUGAAAUCUUACCAUACAUGGACAAACUUGGUUUAAUGACAGAGAUUCAGGACGAUCCAAGUGGUAAAACCUAUUACAUUCCGAGCAUGAACAGAACUGAACUUACCGAUAACUGUAAAGGUGCAAUCAACAAGGGACAGAAAACAUCGAUUAUGCUGUUCCAUUUCAAAUCAUACUUGCCUCACUUUUUCUUCUUUAGGCUGGUAGUUAACAGCUUUAAGAAAUGGAAGGCACUUGAUAUGGAGUUCUUUUGUAAAAAUGCAGCAUUCUUCAUGGUAGCUGAUGCUAGCCACUACAUUGCAAUUGCUGUUAACAAAACUUCAAUCCAAUUACAGGUUUUUACUGCACAUAAAGAUAUGAAUCUACAGUCAGAAUGCGUCAUACAGAUCAGAGAUACACUGGAAAUUCUAAUUAACGACAUAACACAAACUUUUCACAGACACAUUGAAUAUGAGAGGGGGUUUUCUUGUACAUAUAUAAACAUUACAGAUGAGGAUGUCAAGUAUUUUUUGAAGGAAAGUGAAAUUGUAGGAAUAAAAACAAUUACUGGGAAAGAAGAAAGGCCGUGUCCUAAACAUGUUCUCCGAAAUCCACAUGAUAUUAACAAAUAUAAAAUGAUGCAAUUCUGGUUCAAUUAAGUCGUUACUAUAUUUUCAUAUUCAUAAAAAUUAAAGAAAGACAGUGGAGAGUCUGUUUACAGAAAUAAUGCAAACUUUUCACAGAGAUAUUGAUUGAUUAUAAGAUUUGAUUUUUCUGUCAAAAAAGAAGAACAUUACAGAUUAAGAUCAAGA